GUUGAAGUAAAUAAGAAGAGUUAGGUUCACCAACCACAUAGCACUAACAGGUGAAGACUAAUAGAAGAAAGGAAGAGAGUGAGUUGGAUAAUUGGUAGAGGAACAAAAAACAUGGCAAAUAUUCAAAGAGUGAAGCUUGGAAGCCAAGGCCUGGAGGUUUCCAAGUUAGGAUUUGGGUGUAUGGGCCUAACUGGAGUGUACAAUGAUCCUGUUCCUGAAGAGGUUGGCAUAUCUAUAAUCAAAUACGCUUUCAGCAAAGGGAUCACUUUCUUUGAUACUUCAGAUGUUUAUGGACCACGAAUCAAUGAAGUUUUGGUCGGAAAGGCGCUCAGGGACUUGCCUCGAGAUCAGAUUCAGAUUGCCACAAAGUUUGGGAUCGUAAAAAUGGUUUCUAAUAAUGUGAUAGUGGACGGUUCUCCUGAAUACGUUCGAUCCUGUUGCGAGGGUAGCCUCCAACGCCUUGGUGUCAGCUACAUUGAUCUGUAUUAUCAGCACCGUGUUGACACCUCAGUACCAAUUGAGGACACUAUGGGUGAGCUCAAAAAGCUGGUCCAAGAGGGAAAGAUAAGGUACAUAGGAUUGUCGGAAGCAAGCCCUGACACAAUUAGGAGGGCACAUGCUGUUCAUCCCAUCACUGCUCUGCAAAUGGAGUGGUCCCUUUGGACUCGUGAAAUUGAGCAAGAUAUUGUUCCACUUUGCAGGGAGCUUGGAAUUGGAAUAGUGCCAUAUAGUCCACUUGGCCGUGGGUUUUUUGGUGGCAAGGCUGUCACGGAAAGUAUACCUGCAAACAGUUUUCUGGCAUUCCAACCAAGGUUACAAGGGGAGAACUUUGACAAGAACAAAAUCAUAUAUUCUAGGGUAGAAAAGUUGGCAGAGAAGCACGGAUGUACAUCUUCACAACUUGCUCUCGCAUGGAUUCUUGGUCAAGGAGAUGAUGUAGUACCCAUUCCCGGAACAACCAAGAUAAAAAAUCUUGAUAGUAAUAUCGGUUCAUUUGAAGUGAAGCUGAGCAAAGAUGAUAUAGACGAGAUAACAGAUGCUGUACCAAUAUCUGAGGUAGCAGGGAAUCGCACUACUGAUGCAUUUUUUAGAUGUUCAUGGAAGUUUGCUGAUACCCCACCAAAACCUUAACUACUUCCUGCUAUCCUUGUAUGCCUCCCAAUGGCAAAACCAUGUUGUCUUCUUAAUCAUGAUCAUGUUAUUAAAUCAUCAGACUGUGUCACAUGUAUUACGGUUAAUCGUUACAUCUGAGGUAACCUCUGUUUUUGAGUUUAAAUUUUUUAUUA